UCUCUUGCGCGCGCGCCCGCACAUGAUCACCAGUCUCCUUUCCCGGUUGAGAUCCAGGUUUCCCAUCCUUGAUCAAACUCACAUGAUAAGAGCAAUGGCGCAUCGAAUACAGGAGCUACUGGUCCUAGUGGUCUUGGCCAUCUUUCCCAAAUCGACAUUCUGCAAGUCGAGCUGCAGCUCGAGGGUGAGGGACCUGCCGGCGCCGGCAGAAGGCAGCAAUGGCUACUGCUUGCGCUGGAGGUUCGCGGUGGAGGCGAACAACAUGCACGGGUGGCUCACGGUCCAGCCCCAGUGCGAGCGGCACAUCGAGUCCUACAUGACCGGGGGGCAGUAUGACCAGGACCUAAACUUGGUCAUCGACCAGAUCGCGGCUUAUGCCGAUGGGAUCGCCGUGUCCGAUGACAGGAUGGACGCUUGGGUCUUGGACAUCGAUGAUACAUGCAUUUCCAACAUGUUUUACUACAAGGGAAAAAGAUACGGAUGCGACCCGUUCAACCUGGCGGGGUUCAAGGCGUGGGUGGCGUGAGGGGAGUGUCCGGCGAUACCGGCGGUGCAGGGGCUGUUCAAAAAGCUGGUUGACAUUGGAUUCAAAGUCAUCUUGCUCUCGGGCAGGGACCAAGAUACUCUUGGACCCGCCACUGUUAACAAUCUGCUUAAUCAGGGAUUUGUAGGCUAUGAACGUCUGAUUAUGAGGACACGGGCUUAUAAAGGAGAAAGUGCAAUGAUAUUCAAAUCAGACAUAAGGAGGCAAUUGGUGGAAGAAGGGUACAGAAUCUGGGGGAACAUUGGGGAUCAAUGGAGUGAUCUUCAGGGUCAAUUCGUGGGCAACCGGACAUUUAAGAUUCCUAAUCCCCUGUACUUUGUUCCUUGAGAGCAUUACAGACCGAUAAUUCCCAUAUUCUUCUGUACUUUAAUU